CUUGAUAGGUAUUUAACGUUACAUGAAUAAUGUUUUGCAGCUGACGUUUUGUUCGGGUAGAAUAACAUUAAGAAGUAACGUUACUGUAAUCGAACGCUGGUUUAGUUGUAUCUGUAAACGUUCUCUGUUUUGUCUUACCAACAAGACAUAAAACUUUCCAGAACAAUCUGGGUAGCUACUGUUUAUCUUUAGCAUGUCGGGCGAUGGAAGUGGACUACAAACUGGAGGACCCCAAGGCCCCGCUGGAGGAGAGCAGCGUGCAGCUGGGCGACGUGAAGGACAUGCGGCUGGAGGCAGAAGCCGUGGUCAGCGACGUGAUGUUUGCCGUCUCACACAUGGCCGUCUCACAGGCGCUCAGCGGCAGCUCGGACACGGCCUACAUCAACGUGGAGACGCGCGAGGGAGAUCGCUACUGCCUAGAGCUCAGCGAGGCAGGGCUACGGGUGGUGGGUCGCACCUUUGACCAGGUGGAUGAGUCGCAGCGCUGGCCGCACCAUGAGACGGUCUACUCUCUGCUGGACUCCCUCAGCCCAGGCUACAGGGACGCCUUCGGCAACGAGCUGCUGCGGAGGCUGGAGAGGCUCCAACAGAACGCUCAGUGAAGUCCACUCAGCGCCAUCUCCACUCAGCGCCAUCUCCACCCUGCACUCACCUGCCGAGGAUCCAACAGAACGAGUGAAGUCCACCCAGCACCAUCUCCACCCAGCACCAUCUCCACCCCCAGCACCACUGCGGCCUGCGCUCACAUACCUGCUGCCGCUGCUGCUGCCGCUACCUCACUUGUCCAGGAGGGGCUGCUGCUGCCGCUACCUCACUUGUCCAGGAGGGGUUGCUGCUGCCGCUACCUCACUUGUCCAGGAGGGGUUGCUGCUGCCGCUACCUCACUUGUCCAGGAGGGGUUGCUGCUGCCGCUACCUCACUUGUCCAGGAGGGGUUGCUGCUGCCGCUGGCUCUCCCUCUCCACUGCUACAUCAUGGCGACUGAGGAGGUGGACUUCUAUGCAUCUACCAGCUUUAUUAAACUUCUGCCUGAAACAUGAAUAUCAGAGGAAUGAGACAGAAACCUGUCCUGAUGCUUUCAAACACAGCUAACCAUUAGCAUGCACCCGCAGCUAGCCACUUCCUGCCCCAGGCUAGCCACUUCCUCCCCCAGGCUUCGGUGUGUCCAGUUUGCACAACGGAACACAUAAGAUGUCUGGAACGCCCUGCAGCCUUUGGGGAAUGGUUAGGGUUAGGGUUAGGAUUAGGGUUAGGGUCUAUGCAGAUGUUUAGGGUUAGGGUCUAUGCAGAUGUUUUGGGGGAUGUUUAGGGUCUAUGCAGAUGUUUUGUAGAACGGGAGAGAGAUGAUGUCACGGCCCUAUGGAAUUAUGGGAGCUGAUUUCCCCUAACUCCACGGAGUUCCUCCUGGGAGACUGGCCCUGUAAUAACUGACAUCUGUUCAACACACACACACACACAGUUUGCCUGUGUCCCCCACGCAAACACACACACAUACACACACAGUUUGCCUGUGUCCCCCACGCAAACACACAGGUAGUUCACCUGCCCAAUUCCCAACUCAGUGCAGAAUGACGGAACAUUCCAGUGCCCUGAAGGAACGGUCAGCUGGCCUGAAUGAAAAGCACAUGCUCUGUGCUGUUAACGGAGAGGACAACUGUAGCGACACACACAGGGCCCUGUGGACGCGGCAUCUCAUGGGGAUCUAACGGAGAGAACUGCUAAGUUGCUAUGGUGAUUGUCAUGGUGAUCUAGUCUCUUAUGCUUCUUAACAGAGAGAACUGCUAAGUUGCUAUGGUGAUUGUCAUGGUGAUCUAGUCUCUUAUGCUUCUCAGCUGCUCACCUAUAACCGCUAUAAAAAAAAAAAAUUGUCCUUAGCAGGUUAGCAUUGUUAUAUUGUAUAGCAGGUUAGCAUUGUUAUAUUUUAUAUCAGGUUAGCAUUGUUAUAUUUUAUAGCAGGUUAGCAUUGUUAUAUUGUUCUAGUGUGCAGCCUGUUUGAUGUGUGUGUGAGCGAGCGAGUGGGUGCAUGUGAUUUGCUGUGUUCCUCUGACCACACCCUGCUAAUGUUCCUGAUGUUCUGUGAUGCGGUUCUGCUAUGUUCCUGAGGGUGUGUGGUCCAGUUCCGUGUGAUGACUGUAUGCCUUUGCAACUGCUGACUGCAGUUUGAUUGCUGACAGCUUGAUAAUAUUAAAAUGGUGUAUUUCCAA